AUGGCCGAAAUCAAAAACAGGUGGAACGGCUACGAACGAGAAGAAUACUAUGCCUCAGAUUCUAUUGACUCUUACUCGUCAGAUGAUGAUCUCACCGACCUUGAAGGGGACAGCGUCGUCCAGGAAUUCGCCGAGUGUCUCCAAAGGGACAUGAACAUAACGAUCGCCAAAAGGCGGUUGGGGCAGACAGAAAUCAAGCAGCCGGACGACUGUAGCUCUGAUCUUGAAGGUCUUGCGCUGAACACCAGUCCCGCCAACGAAACCAAGGACGAAGACACCCUUAAAUCUGAAGAGAAAGACCGCCGUGAGCACGCUGAUUGGACCGCCAGAAUCGAACAGGAUUUUAAUCGCUGGAGCGGCCGACAGCGGUUGAAGGAUACCCCCAUCGACAAGUCGGACGACCGCAGCUCCCAUACCGAAGGCCGUUCGCAGAAGUCCAGUCCCGAAAACACCGCCGCCGCCAACAAGAAGGCCACAGAGCAGGAACACCUCAAGGGCCUGUGCACCGUCUGCCAGAAGAAGCGCACCUCGCGGAAGUGCGCCCUCUGCAACGACUUCUGGAUCUGCAGCCUGCGAUUCCAAAAGAACUUCGUGCUCGUCGGCGGUCAUUUCGCCGGCCCUUCGGCCUCAUGCGCAGAGCACUUCAAGGAGUGCGUCCUCAACCCCAAGACGACCGCCAGCCUGCUCUACAUCUUUGCCGCCGCGGAAUGGCUUCCGUACUGCCCGGGAAACUUCCCGGAGAUGUACCAGCGCGUGAUCAAGGACUACCGCUUCGACAUCUUCAACAUUCGUGGCCCCACAAACAGGGAGUGCCUUCUGCGAUUCUAUUGGCAGGUCAUUGACCAGAUGGACGUCAGCGCCCGCGAGAUACAUCUCUGGAGGGAGGAGGGUAAGCUGUUUGAGCGCAUUGCGGUGCUGUGCCAGUCGUACCCGAACAUGCAUGGCUAUUGGGACCUGCAGUGGUUCAAGCAGACGCCGCUGUGGGAGAGUGAGCUUAGUUCGAAGGCAAGGGCUACGAUCGAGUUUGUGACUGCGCGGCAGAAGUUGGAAAGCGAGAUGGAGGCGGAAGAGUGGAUCAAGAACGGUCGUGAUUGA